AUGAUCCCUGUUCGGCGCUUAAAGGGUCAGCAGCCGCAGCUGUGGCAGAUACAGGCGGAGCCGCCUCCGUGGGUACCGGUAUGGAUGAUCUGCGGUACCGGGGGCUCGGGACUGUGCCGCGUGCAGGGUGCUGCCACCGUCCCCGCGCCUCUGCUGCUCUCCACGCGCCCCCCUCCGCUGCAGCAGGGGCUCUCGAGCUGGCAGCUGUCCUCCUGUGAUCCACUCUCGGUCCCUUUGAUACGAAUUCCUCCCGCGGCAGAGCCAGCCGUCAACCAGUUCCCACUCCCAAAUGGCCAGCUUGAUCUGCCAUCAAGGCCACAUGUGUUGGGAUUUCAGCCGUCUGCGAGUGUGGAGCUGGUGCCUGUGUUUCCUCGGGUGUACCGCACGGUCCUCCACCCGCACCUCAGGAAGGGCUGGCUCGAGAAGAGGAGGCUACCAGAAUACAAGGUCUACCUGAACAACACUCUGGCUCUGGAGACCACCUGGUUCGCUCCUGAAGAAAUAGGAAUUUUCCAGCGGCAAGAGAAGCCCGUGCUGGUGACAAAUCAAAUGGCCAGGAGGAUAUCUAGGCCAGCCGCUGCCUCCAGGAACCUCCACACUCUACUGGUGUCACCGCGACGCAUAGCAGGCUGUCCGGUGGCCAUUAAGCGUAUGCGGAGCAGCAACAAGAGGAUGGCCCUGGCAGCGGCCAUGAUGGCCAUGGACUCAGAUGUGGCCCAGCGCCCCUCCGCCUCCUCCGCCCACCCCCUCCACCUCCUCUCAGCCUCCUCCGCCCUCCCCCUCCACUUCCCCUCCUCCUCCUCCGCCCUCCCCCUCCACCUCCUCUCCUCUCCUCUCAAGAUCCCCCUCCUGACAGCUCACAGGCCAGGAGUGUGUUCCCCCUGGGAGGGGUUUCUGGGCCCGGUGGUGCCUGCCCAUCUCAGCAGGGUGUCGUCCCUGUCGGCCCCCGGCGUUGCCCUCAUGGCUGGAGACUGGAGGGAGCGAGGCCCAGCCGGGGAAAACAAGGCCAGACGAAAGCCUCCGUGUGGCGGGGCGCUGGUACUGCACGCUGACCAGAAGAUGGAAGACGAAACACUGGGCCUGGAGCAGCAGCCCUUCAAGCUGGGCCUGGAGGAGCAGCGCGCCCCUAACGUCCAGCGGCCUGUGGCCUCCACACCUGUUCCUGGAUCCCCCUGGUGUGUCGUGUGGACGGGUGAUGACCGGGUGUUCUUCUUCAAUCCCACAAUGCAACUGUCCGUGUGGGAGCAGCCCAUGGAUCUAAAGGAUCGCGGAGACCUGAAGAGGAUAAUGGAGGAUCCGCCACACAAACGCAAGAAAGACUCAUUAAGCACCUCCUACAUAAGCCCUUGUCUCUGUUUUGUAAUAGAAGAUGGCUCCACUUCUCUAUCUGCCGAUGACGACGAUGAGCACAACUCCAAAGCCAAAAGGAACAAGGUAGAGGGACCUGGGGAGAGUGGAUUAAAUGGCAUUGGAAAGGAGUCGCGGACCCUCAAUGGAACAUCACAGAGUCACAUGAUCCUCCCCUUGGAGCUCCGCAAAGCACACUUCAGAGACAUGCUGCUGGAGAGAGGGGUUUCAGCCUUCUCAACGUGGGAGAAGGAGCUACACAAAAUCGUGUUUGAUCCAAGAUAUCUUCUACUGGGCUCAGAGGAGCGCAAACAGAUUUUCGAUCAGUUUGCCAAAGAACGAAUGGAGGAGGAAUACAAAGAGAGGAAGAGUCGAUUGCAGCAGGCUAAAGAAGAGUAUCGCAAGCUCCUUGAAGAGUCAAAGAUUACCUCAAGGUCUACCUUCAAAGAGUUUUCCGAGAAAUGCAGUCGAGAUCAGCGAUUCAAGCAGGUGCUGAAGCAGAAAGACCAGGAACACUUGUACAGCCAAUUUGUCAACGCGCUGAAGAAACGUGACAAAGAGAACCGGAUACGACUGAGGAAGACGAGAUGAGAACGAGGGAGCGCAAGAGUGAGGAAGAUGAGAUGAGAACGAGGGAGCGCGAGUGUGAGGGAGCCAUGCCUGACCUUCAACUGAGCCAUGCUGAUUACUGUGAAGAGAG